UGUAUCAUGUGUUUCUGUCGGUGAGGAUUACACUUCAGUCCUGCAGGCAGCUGCAACAUCUGCCUUGGUGGAUCUCCACUAUGUCAACACCUGUGCAGAUGGAGCCAGUGGAGGAGAGGACGUAUGCUGGAGUGGGCCGCUGUAAGUGCUCCUUCUGGUUUGCAGUGGCCCAUGACGUCCUGGGCGUCUUCAUCAUGAUGGUGGGGGUGUUCGGGGGCCUGGUCAUACACGACCUGUUCGUCUACGCCGGGGCCAUCGUGAUCUUCCUCAGCCUCAUCUGGUGGGUGUUCUGGUACACGGGGAACAUCGACGUGCCCCCGGAGGAGCUGGAGGACGACGUGGGCACGGCCAAGCUGAAGCUGCGGGGUCUCAGCCGGGUGGCGAGACGCGUGUCCACCCGCCUCUCCAGCGGGUUCCGGGACUCGUUCAGGAGGAUCGGACGGUCCACCGCCAACAGCGGAGCCUCCGUCGCUGCUACGGACGUGUGUCUCUCCACCAUCUACGGCGGCACCAACACCUCCGCAUCCAAAGAACCCGUGAGAGAGUCGCUGUCAGUAUGAACCAACCCCUCACAGACUGAAUCUGAGUCGCUUUAUUUGAAUCCUUUGCUUCUCGUCUUAUGCCGUUGACAUGGAUUCUGCACUUUCUCUGCCAGCGUAAACAAGUAAUGAUUAAACAACACUGAAGUCUAGGUAACAUCCACACGCUCUUAUCUGUCAGAUAAGGCAUAAACUUUGCACACUAUUACAGUAAUGUGUAACUUUCUCAUGUUGUCAGUCACGUUUGGGAGGAGCUGUAGUGUGAGUCGUUAUGAUGAAGCUGAAACUGCUUUGUGUGUAGAAUAACAUAGUAACAACAGAGAGCAAUGUUAAGGUGUUGUUCGUUGCUGCUUCUUAUGUUUGUCACCAUUUCACAAAUGCCAAAUAUCUGAGAAACCAAAAGGAACUAAAUAUAUUUUAAGAUGUGUGGCUCACAGCUUAACAGGACAGUCGGUGAAUCUCUUCUUGAAGAAAAUGAUGAAUGUUAAGGGAAGUGAUCUCAACUCAACCAGUUACUAGAAAAGCAACUUAAAUGAAUCAUAUCUUCAUUUAUGUGUAUAUGUAAUAAAAAAUAUAUUAUUUAUAUUUAUUCAUAAAUUAUUAUAAAACUAACAUACUUUACUCUAACAGUGUAAAUAUCCAAAGUGUCCACAAAUAUGUGAUAUGUCUAACUCUUCAGUGGACCUGUUAUUCAUUUUAAUAAAGGUGGAAGAUGAAUUAAUUUGUAAGGUAUGUAGUUACCAAACCUACAAUGUUUCUGUUUGUAUAUGUCACACUCCACUUCAGCAGACAGACAAUUGUUAAAGGACUUGGAUCAGGGCCAAAAACAAACAGUAUUAUUAAUUAAUGACUAAUGUUUCUCUUGCUCUGGGAUGGACUGGCGACCUGUUCAGAACUAUCCCGCCUCUUCCCUGAUUGACAGCUGUGUGCACCGGGUUUGUUCAUUUUGUCAUUUAGGUUUGUUGUUUUACUUUCAUAAAUGUGUAGCGAUGGAACGCACUAUGCAUGAUUUACUGAAAUUUUGGUUUCCUCAAGCUGAUCUUCCUUUUUAACUGUAUAUAUAAUGGUUGCUAUGACAUCUUCUAGAAGUGAGACCAGAGACCAGAAGUAUUAUUGUCUGUAGUGAUCAUAAGGUUUUCAUUAUUUUGAAGUGUAUUAGAGAUAAAGUGAAGUGUGGGCUAGAAAGUUUCCAAUAUUUGCUCUGUUGGGAUCAUCCUUUGAAUAAAAAUGCAGUAUGGUUUUACUACUUUUUUAAGACGCGGAUGUUGGGGCUGCGUUGCUGUAAAGCUUUUCAGAUUAUACGUAACAGUACCAGUGGAGUGAAACAGUGGAAUUGCUGACUGGACAGAAAAUGUAGUGAAAUAAAUCUGCGAAAUGGAUUUUUUUAUUUCAGAACAUUCAACCAACUCAGUUUACAGUUUUAACUCAGUUUCCACUGUACCACUGGCCUUCAGUUGCACGAGACAUCACUUCCGUAAUGUUAAAUGUUAUGGAACAUAAUGAUUCUGUACAUAUGUGCUCAUUUACACGUAAAGAAAUAUAAUUCUUGAAGCUUUUAUUUCCUUCAGUGUGAGUUAAGGACAUCAUCACUUUGACCCUAGUCAUUAAAGAAAUGUGAUUCAAAGCUCAUUUUGCAUUUGACUGAUUUCACUGUAAACAUUUUGCAUAUCAUUCUACAUUU